ACCAGUGACAGGAGAAGAGGGCAUGGUCUGAAACUGUGCCAGGAGAAGUCCAGAACUUCUUGCCAGCUAUUAAUAGAAGAUUUUGCUGACCAGGCUGUAAGAAAGGAUGUAGCUGACAGAUGGUACAGUGAAAUAAAAAAUUACAGCUUUCAAAACCCAGGGUUUUCUUCUGGGACAGGUCACUUCACAGCAAUGGUUUGGAAGAACACAAAAAAGAUGGGAGUUGGAAAAGCAUCUGCUAGCGAUGGCUCAACAUUCGUCGUGGCUAGAUAUGAUCCAGCUGGAAAUGUCGUAAAUCCAGGCUAUUAUGAAGAAAAUGUCCUUCCUCCAAGAAAAUAACUUUUUUUUUUUUAAAAGGUACUCUUAUUGCUUAAUGACAAGUGAACCUGGAUUUGGACUUAACACUGUUUGAAAUGAAGUGCCAUUCAAUGAAAUUUCCUGUUUGGUACUGCUGUUCCCUUCUCAUUACAGAGGAAGCAAUUACAUGUUGCUUGAGUCAAUCUGCACAUUAGGUCUCUGUUGUUUCUGAGGGGACUUCCGUUUAUUUGAGGGUGAAGUACAUUCAUCAUUUCUGAAGGAUAAAAUUUAUAAGUUGGGUUUUUUUAAUGGUUUGCAUGAACUCGGUGUCAGCAUGUGAGUUAAGCACAUGUUGGAUAUCUUUUUUUUUUAACCAAGCAAAUUUAUAGCUUUCUGUAAACUGAAGAUACCAGCUUGUAACUAUAUCACAUGUUCCCAGUUUUCCACUAUUUUUUAAUAACUGUAACUUCUUUGCUCUAUCUAUACCUCCUGCUACU